CUGGUGUCUGGCUGCUACCUUUGUGGGAGUGUGUGUUCUCUGAUUCACUUGUGUUUAGCUCUUGAAAUCCCCUCCUAUAGAUCCAAUGUGAUUGACCACUUCUUUUGCGAUCUGCCCCCACUCUUAUCUCUUGCCUGCUCUGAUGUCUCUAUGAACGAACUGCUGCUAUACAUUGUGGCCACUUCCAAUGAGAUCAUCACCAUCGUGCUCAUCCUCACCUCCUACGUGUUUAUUGUCAUCACAAUCCUGAGGAUGCGCUCUGCAGAGGGAAGGCGCAAAGCCUUUUCCACCUGUGCCUCCCACCUCACAGCCAUCAUUGUCCUCCAGGGAACAAUUCUUUUCACCUACUGCCGGCCUGGUUCUGGCAACAGUGUGGAUACUGACAAGGUGGCCUCGGUGUUCUACACCAUAGUGAUUCCUAUGCUGAACCCGCUGAUUUACAGCCUGAGGAACAAGGAUGUGAAGGAAGCCCUGAGGAAAGUUUGGAAUCCAAGUUACUUUUCAGGGAAGCUCUCUUUUAGCUAG